UCUGUUCCUAGACACCACCUGAUGCACUAUAAAGCCACAAUCAGAUCAUCUUUACAGUUAUUCCUGCUAGAACGCUGGGGAUAUUUCAGUUUGUGUUGGACAUAUAGAACUGUUGCCACCGUUUUGCUGCUACCUACCUGAGUGAACCAGACCUGUGUCUGCUACGAUCUUCAAAACCUGUGUUUAUAUUUUGAGGAAGACACGUCCAGCUUAUCGGCCUGUAAACCAUGAAGAGUUACUCUAUUGGUUUUAUUUUGACAGUCGCCAUGAUGCCAGCCAGAGUGGUUUCCCAGGAUUAUAUAAAAUUGGGUUGCUGGGCUGACACGUCAAACCGGGCCAUCCCUACUUUAGAAGGUAAAGAUCCCAUCCUUGACGGGAGCUACAGGGCACGAAGGAACGCAAUCAAGAAAUGCUACCAAGCUGCAAGGAAACGCGGGUACAAAUAUUUUGCCCUACAGCACAGUGGAUGGUGUGCCUCUUCCUGCAACGCUGGGCAGACAUAUAUGAAAUAUGGACCUUCUACUAAUUGCCAAGCAGAUGGAGAAGGUGGACCAUGGGCCAACCAACUUUACCAAAUUACUGGCGGUUCAGAAUGCGGGGACGGCAGCUACCCAUAUGCUGAUAGUUUUGACUACCUGUGUUAUCGCUCAGGUGUAAGAGACUGCACUACCAAUAUGCCGUACUUUGAUAUGACCUCUGUUAAUGAUAUAUACGCCCGAUGUUCUGAAAUGUGUGGGUUUCCAUUGGCCGUCCAGUCUCCGCAAGAACUAAUGCAACUCGAUCGACAGUUCACAGCGUUGGCGCCCUCGUUUAACUGUACACAAGAGAUGGCGACUACUGGUCAGGUGUCAGAGAAAACCUCGGAGUACGCCGUGAUCAAAUAUUUCCCCAGUUCCCAAGGCCAAAUGGAUUGGAUCAUCGACUUGCGCGACACGGAAAUGACUUCCAGAUUCAUUAACUCACCAAUCGUGGGAAGAUAUCUGAAGUUUUUUUUCAAGAAUCAAGAAAUGCGUUUGGAUUUCCCUGCGUCGAUUUCUGGCCAAGCUCUCUGUGUUAUGCCGUCUAAUGCAACAGUUACGGCUUCAGCAGCGGCGCAGUGUGUCAUUGUUGGGGAUCCCCACGUCACAAACUUAGAUGGCAAACAACUAUUACUGAAUGCGGUGUGCAGGGUUAUUUUAUCAGAGACUUGUGUGCCUACCAAACCUGGCGAAGCGCCUCUCCAACCGUUCUCAGUUACCGGAAGAAACAGACCUAUUAAGCCAGGCAGCUCCAGAACAUACAUAGAGGAACUCACAUUUAAAAUGUUUGCUACCACUGCUGAUAUUAAUGUCAACGGAGAUGUGAAGGUAAAUGGCGUGAAUCGGACAGCGACAACCGCCCGUGUAUACAUUGGCAAUGGCCUGGAGCUCUAUCUCGGCAGUUUAACUACAGGAAACCAUCAACACCCUGCUGUUUUUGUUGAGGCGAUCAAUGGUGUGAAGGUUGCCCUUACCGUUCCUGAGGGUGGAAACUUUAAGCCAGGACAUCAUGCCGAAAUUACUACCCCAGCUGAAUAUGCCGGCAAGCUUUGUGGGGUUUGUGGAAAUUUCAAUGGUGAUCCGAAUGACGAUGACGAGGCUUGUUACGGACAAUCUCCAGCAGACUGCGGAAUAUGGCAUCCAUCGGAUGGAUCAAAUUGCCCAGUGUAAUACCCCAACAGGGACCCAAACCGUAUAACAGCCCCGCCUUCACGAUAGAACAACUACGAUAUACGACAAACAGG